AAAAAAACAAAACAAAACAAAAAAAAACUAGCAAGCUUUGUGCAAUGCCUAAGACAGUGCUGAUUUUAAGGUUUUAUUAAUAAAAGGACUUUUUCAAUUAUUUCUUUCAGUGCCAUUAUGUCCUUCAUCAAAGCCAUGACAUCUCAACUGGAUUAUUAUUACAACUGUGAUUUUCCCCCUAGCCACUUGCGCAAAUUUGCUUGGGGAAAAAUUCAGGACAAUGCCCCUGAUGUGUAUUACUUACUGUCAAAAAUGCACUUUGAUAAAGACACACUUAAUGAACUCUUUCACAAACACAAGGAUGGUGGAGGUAAUUUGACUAGCCAGGAAGUUGCUUGUGACUGGGUACGCGAGACUAGAGAUAUCUGGUUGUCAUGGCUCCCUCCUGGGAGUCUGAAUAAGGUGCCAGUUUAUCUUGGAGGGAUGUUUCCAUUGUCAGUCAGUGAGGAUGCAGUGUGGAGCAGGCCUGGAAUUCUGCAGGGAGCAUUGAUGGCUCUAGAGGAAAUCAACCAAGAUUACAAGAUUCUCAAUAAUUACAGCUUGGAGCUCAUCAUAGAGGACACACAGUGCAAAACAGCUCUCAUUCUCAAUGCAUUCAUCGAGUUUAUGUCACAGGUGCACAAUAAAUCCAUAGUGGGCAUCUUAGGCCCGGCCUGCUCAGUUCAAACUGAGAUAAUUGCUGAAGUUGCACCUAUGUACAAUACGAUCAUCAUGGGAUACAGUGUGGAAGGUGUUGCACUGGCAGAUCGCGACAAAUACCCACUAUUCUUUAGAACCUCUCCAAGCUAUGCUGAGUUUAAAUAUGCCUAUGCUACUGUGUUUGAGUUCUUCAAAUGGAAGCAGUAUCAUACCUCACAUGACUAA